AUGGGUCAACAUGUUUCAAGAACUGAUUUCGAAUGGGUUUAUACAGAAGAACCACAUGCUUCACGGCGUAAAAUAAUUUUAGGUAUGAAUACAAAGUAUUAUAAAGUAUUUUGAGUUUUAUAAUUUCUCUCUAUUUAUUUCUGAAAUAAAAGUUUGGUUUGUUUAGCGAAAUGCUAUAAAUGAAACUAACAAAUAUUGAAUGAUUAAUGUUUAAAAAUUAAAUUGAUAGUUUUUUCAAACUUUAAUUCAUCAUACACUAAUUUUACAAUACAUAAUAUAUAUUUUUAUAAGAUAUAUUAAAACAUUUCACUCUCUUUUCAGAAAAAUAUCCACAAAUAAAAAAAUUAUUUGGAUAUGAUCCAAAGUUUAAAUGGGUGGUAACGGGAAUGGUUUUAACUCAGUUUAUUUCUAUGUUUUUUGUGAAAGAUUUAAGUUAUCCAAUGUUGUUUCUUUUAGCAUAUUGUUUUGGAGGUGUAAUUAAUCAUUCUCUUAUGUUAGCAAUACAUGAAAUAGCACAUAAUCUUGCUUUUGGACAUGCUAGACCCAGAGCUAAUAGAUUAUUUGGAUAUUUUGCUAAUUUACCUAUAGGUAUACCAGUAUCAGUUAGUUUUAAAAAAUAUCAUCUUAUACAUCAUCGUUAUCAAGGAGAUGAAAAAUUAGAUACAGAUUUACCAACAUUGCUAGAAGCAAAAUUAUUUUGUACAACAUUUGGAAAAUUCUGUUGGAUAUGCCUACAGCCAUUUUUUUAUGCAUUUAGACCUCUUAUUGUUUAUCCAAUGGUACCUACAUUAAUGGAAUAUAUAAAUUUAGUAAUACAACUUAGUUUUGAUGGACUGAUAUGGUAUUUUUUUGGUGGAAAAGUCUUAGUUUAUUUAUUAUGUGGAUCAGCAAUGGCAAUGGGAUUGCAUCCCGUUGCUGGACAUUUUAUAUCAGAACAUUAUAUGUAUAGAAAAGGUUUUGAAACAUAUAGUUAUUAUGGUCCAUUAAAUUGGAUUACAUUUAAUGUUGGAUACCACAAUGAACAUCAUGAUUUUCCUGCUGUUCCUGGCUCAAGAUUACCAGAAGUAAAACGAAUAGCUUCCGAAUUCUAUGAUAACUUGCCACAACAUAACUCUUGGGUUUCUGUUUUAUAUGAUUUCGUUAUGGAUCCUGAUAUAGGCCCAUAUGCAAGAACGAAACGAAAGCAUAGAGGACUCAAUUCAUAA